CCUGUAAUAGUAGGCUUGCUACGAUUUAUCCGAUUACCCCACAAAAAUAAAAGGAUCAAAAUGCUGCCGGUCGUUCAGGAGAAGCUUAGCGAUUUCUUUAUUUAUCUGGAGGUGAGACAGCGCUGGGUUCUUUGCUGCUUCACCUUCUUGGCCAUCAUCAAUACCUACACCAUGAGACUGUGUCUGGACUUUUCGCUGAACAGGAUCGUCUUGGAAUGCGGUGGUUAUAAGGAGGACCAGAUGUCCAACGUUCCCCAAGUGCUUAACCCAAAAGCAUUGCCUAACUGGCGGAUGGAACUGGCCAUGAGACUAAAUCGGACGGAGUAUCACCUAAGGAGCAGGCUAAAAGCGGGCAAGGAACAGCAGGAUUCGGAGCAGAAUCAGGGCUAUAAGAGGCCACGGAAAAGCAGUGAGCCUAUCGUAAAUCACGCUGUUCAUCAGAGUUCCCGUGAAAGGAUGAACUGCUCGGAGAUGUGGUCUCGUCAAACCCAAUCCCUUGUGGUAAUGGCCUUUUAUGCCGGCUAUAUGAUUACUCACGUUCCGGGCGGGCGGCUGGCGGAGCGUUAUGGCGGAAAAUGGGUCCUCGGGGUGGCUAUACUCACGUCGGCGGUGCUGACACUCCUCACCCCUGCUGCAGUGCGUCGGGGCGGACCGUAUGUGUUAGUCGGCAUCCGGCUGCUGGUCGGCCUUUGUGAGGGUCCUUGUUUUCCGGCCGUGUGUGCCCUCCUAGCGCAGUGGGUUCCCGAACAGGAGCGUGGAUUUCUGGCGAGCUGCGUUCUCAGUGGCGGCGAGAUCGGGAUCACGAUGAUUCAGUUAGUAAGCGGGUUGGUCAUGGCGGAGCAAGACUGGCCCGUUGUCUUCUAUCUGGUGGGGGGCGGAGCUGUUGCCUGGUUCUUGGGAUUCACCUUGGUUUGCUACAGUACUCCGGAUCACUGUCCAUUUAUCCAGGCCGAAGAGCGGGAUUAUAUUAGGUGCAACACGAGCGCCUCCCUCCUGUUGACCAGCAGAGAAGGAGUAGUCAGGGAACGGCUAGCAGAGGCUGAGGAUGAUGAGUUCCGCAGAGAAGUAGAAGCUUCUUCCAGCGCAGCCCCUUGGAGAAGCAUGCUGACCAGCACACCGCUAUGGGCACUUGUUUGUGCCUCCAUGCAGCAAGAGUUCCAACAGAAGUUGCCACACGAGCUGCAGGUGGUCCUGGACGAAUUAAAGUCCCGUGGAAGCAAUUUGUCGGAAGAACUCUCCACUGCCAUCGAGCUAAUAGCUCCUUACGUAGGCAACUGGGUAGCUUCUUUAGCCACAGGACGCCUGAGCGACGUGCUUAUCGAACAGGAGAUCCUCACUCGGACGCAGACGCGCCGCCUCAUGUCCUGGCUGGUCCUCAUAUGCGGAUCCAUGUACAUGCUGCAGAUCAAGGUAAACGGGGCUCGGAUCUGGAGCGUUCUCGCCAUGGGGGCCUAUUAUGCCAGCAUUAAGCUGCUGCCGCUGGAUAUGAGUCCAAACUAUGCCGGAACUCUAAUGGGAAUCUCGGGCGGAAUGGGUGCCCUGCCCGCACUUGUGAUGCCGUACCUGGAGCAACUAGAGGCGGAUUACAGUCUGGUCAGCAGUGUAAGGGCCGCCAUGUGGGUAAUCGGCGCCAGCUACAUUUCCGGCGACGUGCAGCAGUUUAACCAACCAGAACCGGAGCCACAAUGAGGACACUUGCUUGUUCUUAGUUUAAUCUUACGCUUAAACAUAAGUUACUGGUUUUGUCUUAGUGGAUUCCUUAGGC